AUGAACGCCGACAAGUUUUCUAACUUUUAUGGCAAUGCUCCGACAUACACCAUCCCUGGACGAACUUUCCCUGUGGAGAUGUUCCAUUCUAAGUCGCCCUGUGAAGACUAUGUUGAUAGUGCAGUGAAGCAAGUUCUUCAAAUCCAUCUAUCGCUACCUCCCGGCGAUAUUCUUGUGUUCAUGACUGGACAGGAGGACAUCGAGAUUACUUGCCAGGUUGUCCAAGAACGACUCUCCCAACUAGACGACCCGGCACCACUCGCUGUCCUUCCUAUCUAUUCGCAGAUGCCUGCCGACUUGCAGGCAAAGAUCUUUGAUGCUACAAGUGAUGGAAGACGAAAGGUCAUCGUGGCCACAAAUAUUGCGGAGACAUCGUUGACUGUCGAUGGAAUCUUGUACGUCGUGGACGCCGGGUAUUCGAAGCUCAAGGUCUACAACCCAAAGGUUGGUAUGGAUGCUCUCCAAAUUACGCCUAUCAGCCAGGCCAACGCCAACCAACGCAGUGGCCGCGCUGGCCGUACGGGUAGCGGGUUCUGCUAUCGUCUAUACACCGAGAUGGCCUAUCGAAACGAGUUUUUCGAGAAUACCAUUCCCGAAAUCCAGAGGACGAAUCUUGCAAAUACGGUGCUUUUGCUGAAGUCUCUCGGCGUCAAGAAUCUCCUUGAGUUUGACUUUAUGGACCCACCACCUCAGGCAAACAUCUUGAACUCCAUGUAUCAGCUUUGGGUCCUCGGCGCCCUGGACAACGUUGGAGACCUAACACCAGUUGGGCGAAAGAUGUCAGAGUUCCCCAUGGAACCCUCAAUGGCCAAGAUGCUGAUAGCAUCGGUGGAGUAUAAGUGCUCAGCGGAGAUGCUGACCAUUGUGUCCAUGCUCUCCGUGCCGAGCGUAUUCUACAGGCCCAAGGAGCGAAUGGAAGAAGCGGACGCGGCGCGCGAAAAGUUUAACGUACCCGAAAGCGACCAUUUGACGCUGCUAAAUGUGUUCAAUCAAUGGAAGAGUCAUGGAUACCGCGAUGACUGGGGAAUGCGGCACUUCCUCCACCCCAAGCUGCUCCGGAAAGCACGCGAAGUUCGUGUUCAACUAGAGGACAUUAUGAAGUUCCAAAAGAUGGACAUCAUCUCCACCGGAACUGAUUUCGAUGUUGUGAGAAAAGCGAUUACAGCAGGCUACUUCCAUCAAGCCGCUCGCGUCAAGGGCAUCGGAGAAUUUGUCAACAUCCGAUCCGGUCUGCCUACGCACCUCCACCCAACGAGUGCUCUUUACGGCCUAGGAUACACACCAUCAUACAUUGUGUACCACGAGCUUAUUCUGACCUCUAAGGAGUACAUGACACAAGUGACGGCCAUCGACCCGUAUUGGCUAGCUGAACUUGGAUCUGUAUUCUACUCGGUGAAGGAGAAGAACUUUGACGAGCGGGGUAACAGACGCCAGGCGGAUAGAGAGUUCUCGAAGAAGGCCGAGAUCGAGACGGAGAUGGCUCGUCAGCGAGAAGAGUCGGCGAAGAAGCAGGCUGACGAGGCGCAGGCGGCUCGGAUAGCGGGUGGGGGCAAGUCUAAGAUUAUCGUACCGGGCACGCCACGCCACACGGGCGUCGGCGCUGGUGCGCGCAUCACGCAGACACCACGGAGGAGAGUGGGCAUCUAA